AUGUUACACUGUCAGUCUGCGAUUCGUUUUAGUGCUUGAACGAUCGUUUUUAUUAGCUUGUUUAUUUAGUCAAACCAUAAAAUGUUUCGAUUAGUCGCAAUUUUAAUUUUACUCUGUUCAACUAUAACAAACGCGAAAAUCUUAGAUCGAUGUGAACUGGCGAAACUGUUAAAGAAUGCAGAUAUAACGGGAGACAAUUUAUACAAAUGGGUUUGCAUUGGACAGCAAGUGGGAUUAGACACGGCCAGAAAUUAUUUGAGUCCAGGCGGUGUCGGAUCAUAUGGAAUUUUCCAGAUAAGUGAUGAAUACUGGUGCGAUGCGAAAGGUUCUGGAAAAAUGUGCGAAAUAUCAUGUAGAAAAUUGAUGGACGACGACAUUCGAGAUGAUAUUAUGUGCGCGUUAAAGAUUUACAACGAACAUAAGCAACGAACGGGAGAUGGAUUUAGUGCGUGGAUUCCCUGGAUGCCAGAAUGUAAGAAUGCGGAUGUGAACUAUUUGCGCGAAUGUUAUUUGGGCAACAGUGAUAUAUUAAGUAUUGAUGUGCGAUUCGGUGAUGACGACGACAAUCGAUCUACUACUAAAAAUAAUGAAAUUGUCUCGACUACCAAAAGUAAACCAGCAGAUAACGAUGACAUUGUUUUUUUCAAUUAAUGUGCUGUUCGGAAUGUUCAUAGCUGUUGAAAGUUGAUUGUGUGAUUGUGUAGAGACAAGUUGUAAAUAAAUAAUUUUUGAAAAAUUUA